AUGUUCCUUAGAAUGGAGCCGAUUCCCAAACUUCUGGCUGGGCUCAUUCUGCUGACGCUGUGUGUGGCCGGCUGCUCCAGCCAGCACUGGUCCUACGGGUUGCGCCCUGGAGGAAAAAGGAAUGCGGAAAAUCUGAUGGACUCUUUCCAAGAGAUAGCCAAAGAGGUCGACCCAGCAGCAGAGCCUCAGCGCUUGGAGUGCACCGUCCGCCAGCCGCGCUCGGCCCUCCGGGCGCUGAAAGGAGCGCUGGAAAGUCUGAUUGAAGAGGAAUCUGGGCCGAAGAAGAUUUAA